AAGCUGUACGCACCCAGUCCACGGAAUUAAAAGAUUACAAAUCUGCGCACCUCACAGCUUCUAGACCACUCUCUAGUCUCUACCAGAGAAAACACAAAAGCCUUUGUUAAGGAGUUACUGUUUUUCUUGCUUUCUUCCGACUACUUUGAAACUAUACUUCUCUGGGGGAGAGAAGAUGGGAACUACGUCCUCAUUCACGAGCUGUUGUUCUUUGUGGGCAUGUCGCCGGCAUAUCAUUCCUUCCUAUAAUAAUCGUCAUGUGGUGGUGGCUUAUUCUCUCUCUCAAAGAUUCUCCCCAACGACAAAGGCCUCUGCUUCUGCUUCUGCAUUGAGAGAAAAAGGGCACGUCGACGAGGAAGGCCGGAAUUUGGAUGGGUUUGAUUUGAAAAGAAGGCAAUUAGCCCUGCUGCUUGUGUCUGGGGUUAGUUUAAUUUCUUCUUCAGCAAUUUUGGGUUUUCCAGAAGCGGGAUUAGCAGUUGUCAAACAAGGCCUUCUAGCGGGAAGGAUUCCCGGUCUUUCUGAACCAGAUGAACAAGGUUGGAGGACGUACCGCAGACCAGAUGAGAAGUCUGGAGGGCAUGGUGUUGGAUGGAGUCCUAUUAUCCCAUAUCUUUUCUUUGUGCCUCAAGAUUGGGAAGAGGUUCCAGUCUCGAUUGCAGAUUUAGGUGGUACAGAGAUUGAUUUGAGGUUUGCCAGUUCUAAGGAAGGGCGUAUAUCUGUCAUUGUUGCUCCUGUUCUCAGAUUCGCCGAUAAUCUAGGUGAUGAUGCUACAAUCGAAAGAAUUGGAACUCCAGAGAAAGUGAUCAGUGCGUUUGGACCAGAAGUUAUAGGGGAGAAUGUAGAAGGGAAGGUACUAAGUAUGGAAGUAUCAGAACACGAUGGAAGAAAAUAUUACCAGUUUGAGUUAGAACCCCCUCAUGCUUUGAUCACAGCUACUGCAGCAGGAAAUCGACUCUAUUUGUUCAACGUAAUCGGAAAUGGUCUACAAUGGAAGAGGCACUACAAGGAUUUGAAAAAGAUAGCAGACUCUUUCCGCAUUGUUUGAUUGUGGAUGUGGUCAGCGAAACCGUUGUAGUGUAACACCUACGGCGAAGUAUACAGCAAAAAGGUGGAGGAGGAGGAGGAGAGUAUGUUAUGGAUAAGUUAGAUCAGGAAAACACAAUUGGCUUCGUUUUAAAAGUUGUACGAUUGUGAAUUAGACAAAUCCUCGGUAAGUGAAUUCUCACGUGGUUUUUUUUUUGGCCGAUUUCGGUAUA